GGACAUUCUAGCCUUUAUAGUUCCAUACCCUAUCCCUAAAACAUCUCCACGCAGCAUUGAAACCUAUUUAUCGCAAUCCAAAACAACAUCAUGUUGUCCUUUAGCUUGACCUACUACCUCUGCCUGUUUGCGGAGCUAUUUUACCCGACAUAUAUGUCGUUGAAGGCGAUACAGAGCACAACAAAACUGGACGACACACAGUGGCUUACCUACUGGGUCGUCUACGCCUUCCUAUCUACCUUUGAGAGCGUUGGCAUGUUCCUGCUAAGCUGGAUACCACUGUACUACGAGAUCAAGCUUCUCUUCGUGGUCUGGUUGAUCGCCCCACAGACACAGGGCGCCCGCAAGAUCUACGAGGAGUACAUCGUCCCGCUGUUGAAAAAGUACGGCGACAAGAUUGAUCCCGUGUUCGGGAAGGCAGAUGCGGCGCUACAGAGCCAGAUCGUCAACCAGAUCGCCAAGUACGUGGACAAGCACGGACCUGCCAUUGCGGAGCAGGCCAUGAAGCAGGCUCAGGAACAGGCUGUACGGGUGGGCCAGAUGGCGCAGGCCGCUGCCGCCGAGCAUAUCAGGAACAUGCAGCAGCAGCAGCCAGCAGCUGAAGCCCACUGAGACAGCGAGCAAGCGAGCUGGCCAGCAAGGAGACGUCAUGAGGCCGUAGGAUAGGUGCACUGCGUGAGCAGGCGUGUUUGCAUGUGCUGCUUUGUACAUAUACCCUACUAGGUUAGGAGGGCUUCGGAAGGUUUUCAGACGGCUCUGCAUCAGUCCCAAGCAGAGGACGCAGGUGGAAGCUUUGUUUAAUGGUCUCUGGUUUCUGUUAUUCCAGGUUUCUAGGUAACUAUAGUUAGGUACAUGCUGCGUCGGCAGUAGGACUAUAUAUUAAACGGCAUACUUGCAAUGACAGGAAAUGCAUGGAUGCAAAAUGUGAUCUGAGGGGGCAGUACAGAACUGAGUAAGUGCAAGCUGAUGCCACGUCGCUGGCUAGCUAAUGAGGGGCAGGUCUAAGCUAAGGAACAGAAGCGCCACCUGUUUAUUCCUCGCUCGAGGGUUUUACCCAGAUUAACAUCUUGCUAC